CGAGGCUAGCACGAGGAGGCGGGGCAAAAGGGGGAUGCAGCCCAUCAGCUAGGGGUAUAGCCCGAGGGAGAGCCAAUGGCCAGUCCAGGAUUUACCCCGCAGCCAGGAGGGGGCGGGAUGAGGAAGUCAACAGUAUAGAGCCUGUUAACAAAGUUUGGGAGCGCCUGGACGUCUAGCGCCCGUGCAAAAGACUGAGAGCCCUACGUAUCUAAUUGUUGGCUGGAUACUGCCAAGCAUUCAGAACUUUCCUUCAAGACUUACCUCUUUCAGUCCGGGCUGGGUUGACCUCACAGCGUUAGCCCCCACCGCCCCAUCCUUCGUCUCCGUGUUCUAGUACAACAAUUCCCAGAACUCCCUGCGACCCACGUUCCACCGGCGUCCAGAAACUUCAACUCCCAGGGUUCUGUGCGCGCGCUUAGGGGCGGGGCUCUUGGCGGCGACUCACGCGAGGAGGAGAUGGCCGGGCCGGCGGGGUCUCCACGCCGCUCGCUUUAUAAACUGGUGGGCUCGCCGCCGUGGAAAGAGGCUUUCAGAAAAGGCUGCCUGGAGAGAAUGAGAAACAGCCGAGACAGGGUUCUGACCAGGUUCCGCCAGGCCGGCGGCGGCGAGCCAGGCCGAGCCCAGAAUGCCCUGCUGGUGCAGGAGGUGAUGGAAGAAGAGUGGAGUGCUCUGCAGGCGGGGGAGUGCUCCCCCGAGGCCUCGCCGCAGUUGGGGUUGCCGAUGGACCUGGCUGUGCUGGAGGAAAUCCAACAGGAGCUGAUCGACGAAGAACUGUCCAUCAUCAGCGAGUACGAGAAGAGCUUGCAGUUCGAUGAGAAGUGUCUCAGCGUCAUGCUGGCUGAGUGGGAGGCAAACCCCCUCAUCUGCCCUGUGUGUACAAAGUACAACCUGAGAAUAACGGGCGGCGUGGUCGCAUGCCAUUGUGGCCUGUCCAUCCCAUCUCACUCUCCAGAGCUGACGGAGCAGAUGCUUCGAGCGUCUUUAGAGGACAGCGUGAAUGAGCACAGCACCCAUUGUCCCCACACCCCUGAAUUUUCAGUCACCGGUGGAACAGAGGAGAAGCCCAGUCUUCUCAUGAGCUGUCUGGCCUGUGACACCUGGGCUGUGAUCGUCUAGAGCUGGCCUGCAUUCGCACCGUUCUCCUGGGCCGACCACAACUCACUCCCUCUCCAGCAGAGGCCUUGUACAUAGCAACCUUUAACUUAUAAUUUAUUUUGUAUUAAAACUUUUCAAACACC